GAUUGGAAUGAGGUCUCUCGUGGAAAAAUCCUUCCGUACACCUGGUGACCUCGCAGUUUGGAUCGCAGUCUUUGUUCUGCCGGUUAACUCUGCCAUCAAUCCCAUUCUCUACACUUUAUCAACAGUACAGGUACGACGUGUUCUGAAGGCUAAAUUCCAACAGUUAUGGAGCUAUUUGGUGGAAAAGUGUGGACGAAAUCAAAACAAUGAAGGCCAAGAUCAGGGCGUUGAAAUGCAAGUCAUCGAAGAAGUUCAAAUCCAACAAGACGCAGAGAGUGAUGACAGCGAUGACAGUGACGACGAAUCGAGAGAUCAAAGCGAGCAUGAGCAAAACGCUGAGCAGGCCGAGCAUGAAGAGCCCGAGGAGAGAGCUGUGACUGAACAAGAAGAAAAACCCGAGGAAGACCACGAAGACCCAUCAGAGCUGAAAGACGAACCUAACAAACAAGAAGAAGAAUCAGAAAACGAGUUCAAAGAAUGCGAAGAGGAAGCGGAAGAUAACAUGGAACAUGGACCUGACAAACAAAAAGAACAACUAGAAAAGGAAUUCACAGAAUGCGAAGAGCAAGAGGAAGAUAACAUGGAAGAUGAGGCUGGGGAAGGCGACGAGUUAAUUGUGAAUAAGGAUAAACACCAAGCAGAUGAUAAUCUCCCAGCAGCCUCUGGGCGAGAGUCUCCAAGAGCACCGCUGGCCACGUUUGAUGAUGACUCCGACCUUGAUUUUUUUUACCCAGCGCUCGAUGGUAUAAAAGAAACGAGUGUGUAAACAACAACACUGUAUUCUCAGAUGAGUGCAUUCGUUAUGUAAGAGAAGUACAUGUACCUUAAGUGUUGCAUUUUUUUCUUGUUUAACAAAUGAACUUUAAAAUCGAUUGCGUAGGUAGGUGUUUGGCCCCUGUAAUGACUUUGAAAUACUUCAACAAACAGUAGUUUUCGUACAUAGUGUCAAAAUACGAGCCUGUUGGUUUAUGUGAAAAUGUAAGUGCUCGUGUCGUGUUAUACCAGAUACAUAUGGAUUAUGAUUCAAUAGGCUAAAUGUAAUAAAAAAACGUGUCAAUGUGUUGUUUAGUUAGGUUUUCGACUGUAUAUGUAACACUUUGUACAUGUACUAUUAGAGAUCAAAAGUAUGUUAAGUCCCUUCAGCAGUAGGUAAGCUUUGAAUUGGUAUAACUUAAAAUUAUUUUAGAGGCCCAUCUCUGUCCUUUGCAGUAAUAUUACUUCAGAUAACACUUCAUUAACGAGAGUGAACUUUAAAAUGGACAAACAGUGCUUGCUUUAUUGGCGGAUACCCGAAUCAAAGAUCGGAGAGCCCUUUUUAUUAAUUAAAAUUUGAGUAAUUACUAAACUUAAAGUUACAAUCGAUUUCUCGCUUAAGCUUAAUGUUCAACGUAACCUACAUAUCUUAUAUAUUCGCCGGGUAGAUGGCUGUCUUGUAUAACGUUACUAAGCCAUAUAUCCUAUUUAAUCUAACGCUGUUAUCAAUACCUUACUUAUGAUUUGUUUAAUUCAACUUAAACAUCUGAGAUUUUCAGUAGA